AUGAGUGUCGAUACUAGUUCAGUUAAUGGUAUCAGUCAGCCUCAGUCACGGCCGCAGUCGCGACCCGAACCGCGGCCUUGUUGCCAGGCUCGAACACUUUUGCCAGCAAUGUUUGACCCCGUUGCAAACGACUCACAGACGGGGUGGACCCCGAGGGACAUGCCUGGAGCCCACGGCUCGCCUAUAGUAGAAGUAUCCAUGGAUGACUAUGAUCCUUUAGCCAACUUGACUGGGGCUGGCGACGAUUCCUGCUUGUUUGGGGCGGUUCCCAUGAUGGGGGCUCUGGACUCUCCUCAUACAAUCCCAGCAUCCCUAUCACACACCCCACCUCAGCCAUUGCCUCAGCCAGUCAUUCACGAGAAUGAAUGCAUCACAUCUUCUGACUUAGCUACUCUGCAUAAUAAUUACUUUGACACGAUUUACCCCGCUCUCCCCUGGCUGAAUAAGGACCGUUUCGUCGCCAACCUCUCGGCAAACCCUGAUUCUCUCCCGCUGCUCUCGUUGAGCUACUGCGACUGGUAA